CACAAAUCAUUGCACUCGGUCUUCCAGGACACCUUUAGACGGUUUGACCUCGCAACAUGGCCCCUUUAACCUCCAACCCUGUUCACACAACCAAUACAUUUGAAGAUCUCAGCGGUGUUUCCACUGAAGCUUUUGACAAUCCAUAUGAUGCGAUAUUAGAAGCAUGCCAUGGCGACCCGAAAGAAAUCCAGGCCCGAUACCAAGCACACCGCAGCACAAGGAACGGACAGCAGAAGGUCAAGCUGUUAGAUGCACAAUUCCCCGGUGUCAGCAUAGAUCCAGUACUGCAAAAGCUAUGUGUUCCUUCAAUAGAGCCAGGCUACACUGAUCCUCGGCAUUGCCUGGUGUUUUGGGCUCGGCCAACCGUGAAGGUGAAGAGCCUGAUAUAUCAAGUACAGCAGAAGUUGCUCUCGGUUGCUCCAAACCUUUGGCUCAUGCCACAAGAUUGCCUCCACAUGACGGCUCUCGAAAUGACUCACUCCCGUGCCAAUGAGGAAAUCGAAAAGCUCGUUGAAGCCAUGAGGCCAUCUUUGCAGGCUAUAACUGAUUACACCUUUGAUCACCGUGCUCGCCUGAUCAAGCCAAUGAUUGGAUUCGACGCCUCCGCUCUCGCAUUAAGCUUUGUACCCGCAGCCGGGGAAGGGCCUGUGGAUCCCCAGAUAACCGGCAAAGAUGAGUACACAUACCAUCACCUUCGACGUGAUCUCUUCAAGCUCUGUAGCGCUACAGGCGUUCCUGUCGACUCUCGAUACGUGGUCCCAUCGAGUCAUCUGACUAUUGGCCGGUUCAUCAACACCAGCGAUACCUCAGACGAUGUGGGUAGCCCCGAUCCCUCGAAGAUGAAGACUCUCGUUGAGAAGAUUGAGGAGAUCAAUCAGUGGCUGGAGGCUGAAUACUGGCCUAAAUCUGGCGGUAUGGAGAUCAAGGAUGGGGGAGAAUGGACUGUAGGAGAAGAGAAAGGGUUGAACUGCAGGAUGGGCACUCUCUGGUACGGCGGUGGGGAGUCUAUAUGCUCGGUCUUCGACAAGAUGUUCAACCGCGACCGGAUCCCCAACCCCUUUGGCGCACGCCCGGACGGCGCCCCGCGCACUCCCGCCCGCAACGAUGGCUACGGUCGACCUCCGCAACAACCUCAACAAGGCGGAUAUGAUGCUCGCAUGUCAGGACAUGAUGCCCCGGCACAAGGAUAUGAUGCACCACCACCACAACGAGUACCUAUGGGAAGGGCGUCUCCAGCUACGGGUGGAGGUGGCCCAGCUCGCCAACUGAGGCCCAUCAAAAGCCCUGGAGGCAAUUCGUAUGCCUUUGGAAACCUAGCUGCGGUGUCCCCCUCAGACUUUCCUCCUAGUCAGGAUGGCGAGGACAUAUACAUUCUUCUGAAUGGCAGAUAUGUUCUGUCUGCGAAACCGACUACCGGAUGCAGACCAGGAGAGAUUGGGUUGACGAACGAGCAGAGAACUUGGGCCGCAAUAACCUUGGGGCCUCAGGACUUUGUAUCCGUGGAGCCAUAUGUGGCGUUCAGUGAUGGCGGCACGUCAUAUCUUGGUGCUUUGGAAGUGGAGGCUGGAUAUGCGAGCGCGAGGAAGACAACGGACGUGCCCUACGAUCAGGACGAGCUUGCGGCACAGUUCAUCAAAAACUUCCAGAACCAAAUUCUGGCUCCCGGGCAAAUACUGCUUAUGGAUGUCAAAAGCAUCUAUCUUCGCCUAACUAUCCGAACUACUCAGCUUGUAAACUUGGCUCGGGAGAAGGACGAUGGAUUGCCUCCAGAAACCCAGACCGACCCCCGCGCGAGAGGUAUCCUGACGAAACAUACAAAGAUAGACUUUUUCAAGGACGCGAAAUCAGACUUGAAACUGAAGGCGUCCAACCGAAGACCAGCCACAAAUUCCAUUGUACAGCCCGGGUUCAAGUUCGAGGAUAUGGGAAUUGGUGGUCUCGAUACCGAGUUUAGUGCCAUCUUCCGAAGAGCAUUUGCUUCUCGUAUUUUCCCUCCAGGCCUUGUAGAAAAGCUAGGCAUCCAGCACGUCCGUGGUAUCCUGCUGUAUGGACCUCCGGGAACCGGCAAGACGCUUAUUGCCCGUCAAAUCGGCAAGAUGCUGAACGCCAGGGAGCCGAAGGUCAUCAAUGGUCCAGAAGUGCUCAACAAAUAUGUUGGACAGUCUGAGGAGAAUAUUCGAAAGCUCUUCGCCGAUGCAGAGAAGGAAUACAAGGAGAAAGGUGAUGAGAGUGGUCUUCAUAUCAUUAUUUUCGACGAACUCGAUGCAGUAUGCAAGCAAAGAGGUAGUUCCGGAGGAGGAACCGGUGUUGGAGACAGUGUGGUGAACCAACUGCUCUCAAAGCUUGACGGUGUCGAUCAACUCAACAACAUCCUGCUCAUCGGUAUGACCAACCGAAUGGACAUGAUCGACGAGGCUCUUCUUCGUGCUGGACGUUUGGAAGUUCACAUGGAAAUUUCGUUGCCGGAUGAGUCAGGGCGUGCGCAGAUUCUCAAGAUCCAUACUACGAAAAUGCGGAACAACAACGUCAUGGCACCUGACGUCAAUCUAGAGGAGCUUGCUCGAAUGACGAAGAAUUUUUCAGGUGCCGAAAUCAGCGGGUUGGUAAAGGCAGCGUCAUCGUUUGCAUUUAGCCGGCACAUCAAGGUUGGCACCAUGGCGGCCAUCAAUGAGGACGUGGUGAACAUGAAGGUCAGCCGCGAAGACUUCCUACAUGCGCUAGACGAGGUGAAACCCCUUUUCGGCGCCGCCGAAGAAGAACUAUCCCGGAGAAUUCUGGGCGACAUUGUCCACUAUUCAAGGCACAUUGAAGACAUUCUGGAAGAGGGUCGUCUUUUCAUUAAUCAAGUCAGGAAGGAUGAGUCUUCGCCCGUACUGUCCGUCGCGCUGCAUGGUCCUCCCGGCAGCGGUAAAACAGCACUCGCCGCGAGUAUGUCGAUGGACUCAGGGUUCCCCUUCAUCAAACUGUUGUCGCCGGAGGACAUGGUGGGGUAUAGCGAGAUGCAGAAGGUACAGCAGAUUGAAAAGACGUUCAGGGAUGCGUAUAAGAGCCCGCUCAGCGUCAUUGUCAUCGACGAUAUCGAGAUAUUACUUGAUUGGGUGCCGAUCGGCCCUCGCUUCAGCAACAGCGUAUUGCAGGCGCUCAAGACGCUUCUGAAGAAGCAGCCGCCAAAGGACCGGCGACUACUGAUUUUCGCCACAACAUCGCAGCGGUCUGUGCUGCACCAGCUCCAGCUCGUCUUCAACGCGCAAAUCGUUGUGCCGAACGUAAACACGCAGGAGGAGCUGGCGCAUGUGCUGCGUCACUCGGGCGUCUUCUCGGAUCGGGAUCAGCAGCAGGCCGUCACGGAAAUCCAAGAGAUGACAGGUAGCACCGAGAUAGGGGUGGGCAUCAAGCAGAUCUUGGAAGGCAUCAGGACGGCCAAGCAAGACAAGGAUGUGGCCGGCCGCUUCGCUCGCAUAAUGUCCCAGGCGAUAGCCGACAGGACUGCGUUCGCAUAAUAGGUAGGAGUAUCGGAACGGAGGUUCUAGAAUGCCGUCAUGCUGCACAGG